AUGGCCACCGUCGGCACUCUGAGCCCCGAGCUGAGCAACGAGGGGGCUGAGAGGCUCUUGGAUAAGAUCUCCAUGAAGUCCGCGUUCGUUGAGCGCCGGCUGAUGAACCUCAACUUGCAGGCGCAUGAGGCCGUCCGCAUGCUGGAGGUCAUGACGGAGCGGGACGUGAGGGGAGAUCCCACGUGGUGCCACAGGACCAUGGAGGACCACACGAUCGGCUGGGUGAGGGCCAUCAACUACAACUACGGCCACAUGUUCGGCGCCGCUUACAAGCAGCACGCCGACUCUCCUGAGCCAACGCGCGAUGAGAGCUCCGUGCAGGACAUGGUGCUGAGGUCCGUGAAGCCGCUGUUCUUUGAGGCCAUGAAGCGCUGGAUCCACGAGGGCGGCGACUUCGACACGCUGAGGUUGCUCCUUGCCGACAUUCGGGAAUAUGGGAGUCGCAGCAACGACCCCAUGAGGUGCUUGUCCGAUGAGGUCGAGCAGCUCCUCAACCUUCCUGGUGACGACCCGCGUGAGAAGGCUCUUACCAUUGAUCCUCCCGAGAUGAGCCACAUUGAGCGCGUGCCCUGGCUCGCGAAUGAGCUCUACAGCGUGACUGAAGUCAACCAGAACGCGAUCAUGACCGCGGUGAAGACCAAGCACUGGGAGCUCUACGCUGAGAUCUGGCCUGAGACCCAGGGCAAUGCGGCUGCUCCUCGUAAGGCAGGCGCUGCGGCUGCUGCUCCUGAGGCCACUGGGCUGAGCACCUGGUGA